UACAGUGCGUGCCCAAGCGUCAAGGCCUGCUCCCCACCGGCCAACAAGUCCCUUUGUUACUUUUCAACAUUCCGUUGUACGCACACGCGCAUUCCACAACGUCGCGACGGUCGACUGUCACGCACGUGUGAAUGACGCGCAUUUGAUUUUCACUAGGAAACGUCAUGUUUUAUUUACAAACUUAUUGAAGUCAAUCGCAUUGUCGUUCGCCAUACACUCGUGUUUUAAUGUCGAUUUAAUACGAAUUGUGAGAACUUAAGGACGGAAAAUGGACCGUGGCCCCAAUAAAAGGAAAAUUAAACCUCCAAAUAACAUGGAAUUACUUAUGGAUUUGUUUAGUGAAAGUUCAUCAGAUAGUGAUUUUAAUAUUGAAGAUCAUUAUGUUAAUAGUGAAUCUGAUUCUGGAGAUUCAAAUUUCUCUUUCACUGAGGAUUGUGGUAAUCUAAAAGAAGCUAAAAAAGAUGAUGAAAGCGAUAUUAAAUGUAACAAUGGUAAUACGACUACUGAUUUAGGUGUCAUGACAACCAAAGAAGAUGAUUCUGUAAAAGUGAAUAUAAAAGAAAUAAUUGAUACCAUUCGUAUUUGCAGUAUAUGCUUAGGUGAUGCCAGUGAUGAUUUAAACGAAUUAAUCGACUGUGACGAAUGUGGUAUAACAGUUCAUGAAAGUUGUUAUGGUGUUCAAGAUUCUGAAAGUGUUAAUUCAUCCAUAUCAUCAUAUUCUACGGAACCAUGGUUUUGUGAAGCUUGUAAAGCGGGCAUUCAAAAUCCUACUUGUGAAUUAUGUCCUAAUUUUGGUGGAAUAUUUAAAGAGACAAGUUGUGGUAAAUGGGUACAUUUAGUAUGUGCUCUUUAUAUACCUGGUAUAUGUGUUGGUGAAGUUACAAGUAUCAUUAAACUCGAGUUAUUUAAAAAUACUACACCUCAAUGGGGUAAUAAAAGUUGUACAUUGUGCAAGGAUUCCAGAUUUAGUAGCACUGGAGUGACUAUUGCAUGUGAUGCUGGGAUGUGCCGAACUAGUUUUCAUGUUACUUGUGCUCAACGAGAAGGUGGAUUAUCAGAUUCAACAAGUCCGGAUACUGACCCAACAGAUCCAUUUUACGCUCAUUGCAAAUUGCAUGUAGACAAACUGAUAGUAAAGAAAAAGAAAAGAAAUUGGGAAAUACUUCAAUUAAGAACAAAACAAAUGAAAUUAAAGCGUGAACAACAGUCUUUGGAAAAAUCACCGUCAUGGCAACGUAAUCAACAAUGGCUUAAAAAAUUACAAUUUAAGUAUGAUGAGAUGAAAAAAGUCAGCAAAACACCAACAGAAUCAACAUUUAUAUCAAAAGUUCCUCGUCCUAUUACAACAUCAGCUUCAUCAUGUCGAGCACUUUGGUUAAAAGCAGACUUAAUGGGUAUAAAUAUGAACUCCCAAGAGACUAUUGAAAAUCAAAUAAAGGAAUUGCGUGAUGUACCAAAAAAAUGGUAUAUACCACCUGCGUUUAGUUUGGAAUUUGUAAGUUAUUUUACAGAUAGAAAAUUAAGGUUGGCAGAUUUACAAAAGGAGCUGAAACAUUUUACGGAGCAAAACAACAUACUCUGUGGUAAACAAAAAAUUGUACAAGAAAAAUAUAAUCAAGAUUCCAAAAAUAAUGAAAUACUAAAAAAAAAACAUUUGGAACUCGAAAAUAUUAUUAAAGCAUACCAUUAUGCUAUUAAUUCGUGCAAUCCCAAUUCUAAUAUUUUGGAUUUAGAUAUACUUCCUAGAGAAGUUCAAUAUGGUCAUAAUUCUUUUAAUAAUGUGACCCCAUUAGGUUUGUUUAAUAAAUGUGGUAUUUGCAGUCAUACAAAUGAUCAACAUUUGCUAGCAAAAUGUGAUACAUGCUGCUUAUACUACCAUUUGCGUUGUUUAUCUCCACCACUAACUAGAAUGCCCAAGAAAACAAAAUUAUGUGGAUGGCAAUGCAGCGAUUGUGAAAAUACCAAUUCAAACUCUGAUCAAAAAAUAGUAGAUCCAAUUGCUCCUAGAAAAUCAAAAUAUAGUGGAAUACAGCAGUCUAUUUCAGACAGUCGCAGAUCUUCAUCUAUUGUUAAUGAUUUACAGGAUUUCAAUGGUUCGUCAACACAGAAUAAUAUAUCUGAUGCAUCAAAGAGAAAAAAAAAUGAACAGCACAGCAACAAAUAUUCUUCCGAAAUAAAAACUAAACGAGUUAAGUAUUGCAAACCCAAACAUAAGCACCACAAAGGCUCAGAAUUGAAGCCAACUGAUAAUCAUUUAGCUAAUGAAUCUCCUCAACAUGCAAUCAAGCUCUUUAUAAAAUCCACCCCGAGUGCUAGUGGGCUAAAGACAAUAUCAUCAGAAUUACUCAUUGGUCCACUAUCAGAUGGUACACGUAAAACAUCUCCAACUAAACCAGAAAAGAGUGUUACACCUAUCAGAAUCAAAAAGACUUCGACAGAUAUUAAACUAACUCCUUUGUGCUAUACUUGUAAGACAACUGGAACAACAGACAUAAUGGUUCAGUGUGAAGAUUGCAGCGACUAUUUUCAUUUUAGCUGUCUUGAUCCCCCAGUGAAAAAAACACCAAAAGUUUGUGGCUACUCAUGGCACUGUGAAAAAUGUGAUCCAACGGACAGUGACUUCUCGUCUUGAAAUUAUUUGGAAGCAAAGUUCUGCCACAUUGUUAUCAAUGAUCUUAAAUUAUUAUUUAUACUCAAAAAGGUUUUAUCAAUUUUACUACUAUUGUAUUUUUUAUUUUUUCCAUCCUAAUGGAU